AUGGAGCCGAACGACCCGUCGGGAAGACUGACCGUCGAAGAUCUGUCCGACUGCAGGAGCGAGAGCAGCCACUCGGAGAGCCAGUUGAGAGCCUUCCAGGACUACGAACGCAUCAAGGAGCUGAACCUGUCUGUGGAGAAAUCGAAGGAAGAUCCUCCGAUCGAGCCGAAGGACUUUCACCUGGGCUUGGCAGAACCUGGCAGAACCUCCAUUCGCCCGUCGUUCGACGAGUUCGAGAGUAGUAACAGAAAUCUGCCGUUGCCUCUGAACAAGGGCAAGGAUUUCAGCUACGUGGCCGGCGGUUUGAACGAGAUGGCCUAUCAUUUAGACAGAUCGAGCGAGAACGACGAGUCCCUGGAAACGGCUAACCUCUGCAGGACCAAGAACGGCCCGACGACCAAGGAUUUGCUGUUCAAUCUUCGCGAGAACCGGCAGAAGAAUGCUCACGCGACGUUGUCUCUCGAUAGGUACGGCAAGGAUUUGAACUUUGCCGUGUCGGAGAAGGACAUCAAGGACUUUGGAUUGCUGAAGAACUACAGCCUCGAUCGCAUGAAGGAGUUCAACCUGUCGCUGGACAGGAUGAGGGACAGUCACAUUGGCAACUUUGCCCUGGAGAGACUUCGAGGUGGAGCUGCAUUGCUGGAAAAUCCGCCGAUCUUGGAGCACAGCGAGUUGAAGAGCAUGCAGAUGCAGCCGAGGAAUCAGGAUUUGGAGGCGAUCGCGUUGGAACGUAUGAGACGAUCGCAUCUGUUGGGGACCGAUCUCUCCGCCCAGAAUUUGUCCACGCAGCUGCCACAUUCGCACUCUAUCACGCAAAUGCAGCACUCGCAGCAACAGCAACAGCAACAGGCCAAGUCGUUCACCAUCGACGCGAUUCUCGGAUUGAGGAACAACUCGAGGGAGAAACGGGGCCAGCAACAACAGUACAGGAAGCAUCAGGGUCAGGAAGGCGGGACGAAAAACGGCGGUUCGAGCUCGUGUUCCGGCGGCGGCGGCGGCGGUGGCGGCAAGCUGAAGAGGGUGCGUACGAUCUUCACGGCGGAGCAGCUGGAGCGGCUGGAGGGAGAAUUUGCCCGACAACAGUACAUGGUCGGGCCGGAAAGGCUGUACCUGGCGCACGCACUCAGGCUGACCGAGGCACAGGUGAAAGUGUGGUUCCAAAACCGGCGUAUCAAGUGGCGGAAGCAUCAUCACGAGCAGCAGAGCCAACGUGUGCACGAGUUCCAGCGGUCGAUGAACUCUUCGCUAGAGCACGAGGACAGCAACGAGACUGACAAAUGGUGA